GUACUCAAAAUAGCCAGCCAUUUUCCGCAUUAAGCGAUGGAGGAAAUUUAUGUCAAUGUAGAACAUGUGAAACCUGUUUGCCAAAUUACUAAGUCUCAGAUCGAAGGUUCAAGUAGCUCCAAGAAGAGGCCCUUCCUGGUUGUUAUUAUAUUUCUGGGAAUCCUGAAUGUUUUACUGCUGGUUGGACUCAUCGUCCUUGGUCUCCACUAUGAGUCUUGUUCUAGUCAUCUUAAAUAUGCUUGGGACUUGGCAGUAGGUCUCUCUAACAUCAAUGAAAAUCUUACCGACCGUCUCCAGGACAGCAACAGCAAGCUUUACUCCAUGACUGAAGAAAGAAACCUGCUUCAUGCUAACCUCACUGAAAUGAUGAAAAAGCUGAACAGGCCUCGAGGUAAAAUAUGUCCUACAGGAUGGUCUAAGUUCGGUUGCUCCUGUUACUUCCUCUCUACAAAGAGAGGUUCCUGGGAUGAAGGAAGAAAGGAUUGCAUAACAAGAGGAGCAGAUAUGGUGGUGAUAAAUGAUAAAGAAGAACAGGACUUUAUGUCCAAGUUUUCAAAGGACGUGCCUUGGAUUGGUGUGAGCGACAUCGAAACUGAAGGUUCUUGGAAGUGGGUGGAUGGGACCUCUAUGAAUCUUUCAUUUUGGAGAGACAAUCAACCUGAUAAUUGGAAGGGUGAUGAAGACUGUGCGCAGUAUAUAAAUAAAAAGUGGAACGACAUUUCCUGUGCAGCUUCUCUGAAAUGGAUCUGUGAAAAACUACUGUGAUGGAUUGCCUGCUGUUAAUGUAAUUUAAACAUUAUAAUUCUCUUAAUUAAAAGUAUAGUGUAGGAUUUUCGCAAAUUUCUGAAAAGGCCGGCGCUCUCUACGUUACAAAAAGAAAUUGCACAUGCUCAACCCUGUACCUGCUCCUGAGAGGGAACGAUAAUAAAACACGAGUGAGAGCAUGCAUGAGUCCAUUUCUCGUUGUGCAUGCUCUGUUUAAAA